GUGGCGUAUAAUCUAGUGAACGGGUCGCUCCUUCAAUAACAACAGCUUUUCAGACACCUCGGAAGCUUUCUAGCAAACAGCAACAACAUUCACGUUAUUUACACUGUUUUGGUGUAUAUUAGUCGAUGUGUAUUAAACACACUUCUGUUGUAUGUACUUGUUGGCCCAUUUAAUUAUAUAUUUACGUUGUUUGUCAGCUAGCUGGUUUGUUAAGUUAGCUUAGAUCUAGGCUACUCUCUAACGCUAGAUAGCUAACAUCUCCGACCAUGAGUUCACUAAGCUACUCUCCUCCUGCUAAAGAGGAGGUCGUCUGCUGGACUGAGAAAGAAGCUCUCGUGAAAGAGGAGGAGGAAGAGAAAGAUGUCACACUACAAAAACAAGUAGAGGGUGAGGCUGUUACCGUGAAAGAAGAAGAGAAAGACGUUUCAGUGAAAGAAGAGGAAGACGAGUUCAGAGUGAAAGAGGAGGAUGUUACAGUAAAAGAAGAGGAGGAAGAUAAAGAGGAGGAUUCAGUUUUUGGAGUGAAAGGGGAGGAGGGGGAGAUGACUGUCACAUUGGAUGAGGAAGAGGAGGUUGGAGAUCUGUUUAACACCAGAGAGACACGGGACUAUCGUGGAUCCUCUUGGGAGGCUCAACAACAUCAUGAUUCUGACGAGGCAGAGAAGAGUCUCUUCAGAUCAGAACUCCUCAAGAAACACCAGCAGAGACCCACAGAGAAGAAAUCUCAUUGCUGCUCUGACUGUGGGAAAAUAUUAAACUCUUCACCAGACCUUAAAAUACAUCAAAGAAUUCACACUGGAGAGAAACCUUACGUCUGUGAUCAAUGUGGGAAGAGUUUUUCUCAGCUAAAAACCCUGAAAUCACACCAGAGAAUACACACUGGAGAGAAACCUUUUGGCUGUGAUCAAUGUGAGAAGAGUUUUAUUUGGCUGCAAACCCUGAAAACACACCAGAGAAUACACACUGGAGAGAAACCUUACGGCUGUGAUCAAUGUGAGAAGAGUUUUACUCAGCUAAACAACCUGAUAGUACACCAGAGAACACACACAGGAGAGAAACCUUAUAGCUGUGAUCAAUGUCGGAAGAGUUUUACUCAGCUAAACAGCCUUAUAGUUCACCAAAGAACACACACAGGAGAGAAUCCGCGCUGUGAUCAAUGUGGGAAGAGAUACUCUGAUAAAAGAUCUCUGAUUAAACAUCAGAAAAUACAUGAAGUAGUUGUUUCGUGA